UAUCUUUGGCUUUGAUCAAAAUCCAGAGAGUUUGUUAGGCCAAAUAUAGCCACUAUCAGCUGCUGCAGGAUGAGUGUGCAGUUCACCAGAGUGAGCCCGUGCCAGAGAGGGGGACUGAUGAAGCCUUGACAGCAGCAGCUGCAUGAAGGCCAUUGAGAAAAGAAGUCAUCCUCAGUAUGACCUCAGUUCACCCACUCUCAGCAGUGUCUUAUCAGCAGUUAUCAAGUGAGCUCAGUGCCAAACCGGCACAAGAAGAGGAAGUGUAAAAAUAAAGGAGGAAGGAGUGAGAUGGAGUUGCAUGAACAGAAGAGAGCUGCUGAAAGGCGAAGAUGAAUGAAAGAAACAGAAGGAUGUUGAUGAUUAAUGCUUUCCUGCUCCUCAUCUUUUCAGCCAUCCCACUAUGGAGUCAAACGGUGCGCAAUGUGUGUUCAACCUGCCACGUUAAUGCCACAUGUGAGGACAAGCCAGAUGGCUCUGGUAAAGUCUGUAACUGCAAAUACGGCUUUGUUGGAAAUGGGAUACACUUCUGUCAAGAUAAGGAUGAGUGUCAGAUAGGAGCCACUAAGAUCUGUGGGCAGCACACAACAUGUCACAACACAUAUGGUAGUUACUAUUGUACCUGCCUGGCUGGCUACAGCCCAUCCAACAACAUGGCUGUCUUCAUCCCAAAUGAUGGAACCCACUGCCAAGAUAUUGAUGAGUGCAGGAUCACAGGGCUAUGUGGAGAGGGAGGUUUAUGCAGAAACCUUGAGGGCAGCUUUGAUUGCAGCUGCCAUGUUGGAUACAGAGUCCACAACGGAUCAGAGCCUUUUCAACCUCAGAGAGAUGGAGCUUCCUGUAGAGUGGUUGACUGUGGUCAGCCUUCCUUAGUGGAGGACACAGUUCUCCUGUCUAUCACAGGAACCAAAUAUGGCGACAUGGCCUCAUUUGGCUGUGAUGAAGGCUUCGUGUGGCGGAGAGGAGACAACAGCUCUGUGUGUCGAGCAGAUGGAUCGUGGAGCGGGGCCACUCUAGUCUGUGAAGAGAUCUUGUGUGGGAAUCCUCCUUUAAUUGAAUUCACAGAGCAGGUGUGGAACCAAAGUUCGUCGCCUGGCAGCACAGUUCUGUAUCUCUGUAAAGAGGGCUUUCAUAGUAAUGGAGGAUACAAUGUAUCCAUCUGUAGUAACAAUGGAAAGUGGACAUCCCCAACUUUGUCAUGUCAAGAAAUGCUGUGUGGAGAUCCACCUGUUGUGCCUCACACUGCACAACUGUGGGAUGGCAGCUUCACCUUUGGAAGCACAGCGACCUAUUACUGUAAAAUAGGAUUUUACCAUCAUGAUGGUAGCAAUGUGUCAGUGUGUGCAGAAAACGGUUACUGGACAUUGCCUGACAUUUUGUGCAAAGAGGUUGACUGUGGAACACCUGUAUCCAUCCCUAAUGCAAUAAUGGUGUGGGAUAAAAUGUCCACAGUGGGCUCUAAGGUUGUUUACACGUGUGAUAAUGGAUAUAUCAAUGUUGGUAAAGGAAAUCUGUCGGUUUGUGCUCCUAAUGGAGGAUGGGAAGUACCCUCUCUGUCCUGCCAAGAAAUCAGUUGCGCAGAGCCUCCUUUUAUAGAGCAUGCUACAAUGCAAUGGGAUGGCUCACCACAGGUCGGUAGUGUGGUGUUUUACCAAUGUGAGCCGGGAUAUUACACCAGAGGCCCGAAAAACUACUCAGUAUGUGGAGAGAAUGGAUUGUGGCAGGAUGUGGAGCUGUUGUGUGAAGAAAUCAUUUGCUCUGAGCCUCCUUUCAUAGACCACGCUAACAUGCAGCUGGAGGGCAAACAACGAGUCGGCAGUGUGGUAUAUUACCAAUGUGAAGAAGGAUAUUACACCACAGGCCUGAGAAACUACUCAGAGUGUGGAGAAAAUGGGUUGUGGCAGGAUGUGGAUCUGUUGUGUGAAGAAGUAAACUGUGGUCCCCCAACAUGUCUUCCCAACACUAAGCUGCUGUGGGACGGCAGCAGCACACCCGGCAGUGUUGCACAGUGUGCAUGUGUGGAUGGAUUUUACCAAGAAAGUGGAAAUAAUUUAUCAACAUGUUUAAAGUCAGGAGUUUGGGGGGAAAUAUCUGUAAAAUGCAAAGCUGAAUGUGGCCCUGUUCCCUUCCUUGCCCACUCAGAGGUAGUGUGGCACAACAGAAGUACGGUCGUCCACCGCUGUGCAGUGGGAUAUCACAGCUGGAGGGGCACCAACAUGUCUUUGUGCAGCGGCUCUGGAUUGUGGGUGAGAGCUACUCUGAAAUGCAUUGAAAUCAAGCCACCUAUCAACCAGCUGAGGCUUCAUAAUGGACACUGUCUGGAGUGGAAGGCAGAAAAGUAUGAGGAAGAUACAGAGUUUUAUAAGGUAAUUUAUUUAGGAUCCAGGGAUUACCUGAAAUCAUUUUUAGACAAAGGACGACGUUUGUUGAGGUCCAAAGAUGAUUGGCUGAGGGUUUGCCUAAAGCUGCUUCCGUUGACAAACUACAGCAUUUCUAUCACAGCAGUAAAAGCCAGAUUCACAGCUACCAUCACAACCAACACCUCUUUAACAGUACCUCCAUCACCAGUUGUCUACUACACGGAGUUGGAAACUCCAGUGCCAACAUUGAGAUUAAAAAGAUCUCCCAACACGUUGGACCCCAUUAGUUUCUACCAAAUCUUUGUGCUUCCUGUCGAGAAGACUCUGCUGUUUGACUGCUCUUCUCCACGAAGCCUAAAUUCAAGCAUAACACAAUCACCAGCUGAGUACAUGACUGCCCAGCUUGUUGUCCAGAAUCUGACGACGGAUGUGAACUUUACUGUGGGAGAUGGAUUCCUCUAUGGUGGCUUCUAUAAUGCUCCACUGGAGAGUGGUAACACCUACUUUAUUGUCCUAAGAGUUAUCAGUCAGUGGAAAACGGUGAGUUGAAAUAACUCCAUACAACAUUGCAAAUAAUAGAACUAAACAGCUGACUUAUUUUGAGGGUUUUCUCUCCAAGAUGUCAAGAAGCUGCUGUGUGCUUUGGGCUAAAGUAGCAGGCACAUCUUACGUUCUGAGGGUGACAUCACUCUCUGCUGCUGCAUGUGUAGCAGUGGCUGCCUUGGUUUCGUUAGUAGGAUACCGCUUAGCUUGGUAUGAACAAUAUAGUUUUUUUUUCUCUCACUAAAAUUAUUUUAG